AUGGAUUUUGAUACAAAUAUAGAAAUAAUUGAUAAAUCUGAAAUAAGUAUCUAUAAUUUGAAAUCUUGUAUUGAUGAUUAUUUAGAAAAUAAUAAUAUCAACAGUAUACAUAAAAUCUUUUUUGAUGAAUUAAUUGAUUAUAUUAAUGAACAUAUUAAAUAA